AUGGCGCCGACGCCACGGACGCCACACAUCCACUUGAGUCUGUGGCGGUGGUGCCUGGUGACGCGGCUGCUUGGCACCAAUGCGAUGCUGGAGUCGGUAGAUGGAUUCGACGUACGAAUGCACAUGUUGCAAAAAGAAAAGAAGUUUGACCCCAGCCGGGCGGCUGAGUUGGUUGAUGCGCCGGUGGUGAAAUGGUUGGGUCAUGACACACACACGCUGCCCCGUACAAGAAGCCGUUGCACGCCGGAUUUGCGUGACGGACGCGACCCGGUCCAGUUCAGUCCGCCUCACACCCGACCCGAGUCAAGUCCAGACUCCGAGCCACCCGUGCCCGCUCGACACCUGUCUACCUGCCACAACAGUAGGCCGACGCAUCUCCCCAGACAAGAAUUCAAGAGACUCCUCCCAGCGCCCCUCAAAACUCGAGCCCCGCAGCCGACCCCACCAAAUCACACACCAUUCCCCUCGCCUAAUAAAACCCCAGCUAGCGCGCCUCUAAUCUCGCCGCCGUCCUCUCUCUCGCCGUCGUCCCCGCCGUCCGCCACCGCCCGCCCCAAAGGUGCCGCCCGGGUGCGUGAUCGACAGGCGGAACUGACUCUCUCGGCGAUGUUCCACUUCCACGCCGCGCGCCCGCCGAGGCCCACGGCCGCGAGCCGCGCCUUUCCACAACCCUGCGGGCGCACGGCCGCGCUUCCUCGCCCUCGCCCUCUCCCGCCGCCUCCUCCUCCACCUCCACGCGCCGCGGGCGGGACCGCCGUGCGGGCCCGCGGCGAGGCGGAACCGCCCCGUGGCCCAACCCAAGCCCAGAAGCAAGCGGCGGCGGGCGGGAGUGCGGUGCCGGCGGUCUCGGGACGUUUGGCCGGGGACGGCGCGGGGAGCGGAAGCGGAAGCGGUGAACCUGACAGGAAGAGGGGGUUGGCUUUGGCUUUCGCCCCGUACCCGCCGCCCAAGCGGAGGGCCGUCUCCGCCAAGCGGCAGUUCCCGCCUGGCUGCGGGAGGGUCGACGCGCCGUCUCUGGUCGCGCGCAACGGCGACGACGACGGGGCGCGGGCUGGAGCCCCACUUUCAGCUCGUGAUUUCAGUACUACUGUGCCGGACCAGGCGUCCGUUUCUCGGCCUGAGGCUGAGGGCACCGGCGGCAGCGAGGAGGGUUGCUUGCGGCUGGAACCAGCGCCUGCAGGUGCCAAUGCCGGUUUUGGUGUGCCGGGGAAGGUGACGGCUGCAGACGGUGUCGGUGCCCCAUUGUCGUCGUCAGAUGGGCUGCAAGGCGUUGCUGGAUUGGUGGUCAAAGACAGGGAGAUACCAACAGCUGGGAACGGUGGCUUGCGGCUGGAAGCUUCGCCUGCCAAUGCUGGUCUGGGAGGUACGCCGGAGAAGGCGAUGGCUGCACAUGGCGCUGCUCCGGUGCCAAAUGGGUGUCAUCAUGGUCCAGAGGCUGCGGCGGUGACAUCUUCAGGUGAGGCACAAGGAGUUGCUGGUUUUGUGGCGAAGGACAUUGGAAGAACAGCUGGAAGUGCCGAAUUGGGGGUGAAGGAGUUGAUGCCGGCCGUCGUGCGGCCACCGCCGAAGCGGAGGACGGUAUCUGCCAUUCGCCGCUUCCCUCCUGGCUGCGGAAGGAACGUGGGGCUGAUGCCACUUGCUACCAGAGGAGGCAGUGAGGCUGCUUUGCAGCUGGAACCCCUGCCUGCUGAUGCUGGGUUGGGUGCAGUUGCUACAAAAGGUGCUCGUUCGGAUGCGUGUGCCAUGGACACGGUGGAAGCUGUGAGCAAGAAUGCUUUGGGUGGAACAGUUGAGGUACAAGAACAGGAGGAUGGCGAGAUUCCUACAGAAGAUUAUGCUGAGAUUCCUACAGAAACCGACCAUGUCCUCCUCCAAGAGUCCCAUGUUACUCUCAACAAGGGCCUGCAUGAGCUUAGAGCUGGUACACGUGAACCUAAGCUCCAUGAGAAUAUGCUGCAGCGCAGCGCGAAGGCUGUAUCCUGGGCCGUCGCUGAAGAUGCCAAUGUGAUGAACAAGUGUGAAGCCAGCUCACCCAAGGUUGCCACUAAACCUUCUGCUCAAGCUCCUCCCAAAGAGUAUCAAGUUAAAGCUGGUACACACGAGUGUGUUGUUCCUCCGGUUGUUGCCUCCAAACCUUCUAUGGUGCAGUUUUCUGAUGAGAAGAUCCACGGAAACAUGCCGCAGAGCAAGGGGAAGGCUUUAUCAUGGGCAGUUGCUGAAGAUGUUAAGGUGAUGAACAAGUAUCAAGCCAGCUCACCCAAGGUUGCCAGUAAACCUUCUGCUGAGGGUCCUCCAAAAGAAUGUCUUCAGGACAAGGAAGUGUCUGGAAGUUGUAGCAUGAAAGGGGUACAAGGCCAAGGUAUCAUGAGAAGUAAGGUGACAUUCACGGCUAGAAAAACAGUUCCGUUACCUGUUGAAGCAAAUCAUAAGCCCAGUCUGGUUAAUCUGGAUAGACCCUAUUCUACGGGCAAGGAGACAGAGUCUGUUACCACUGUGAAGGAAUCCUUUGCCCCCAGGAAGAAGUUGAAGGUAAUAGGUCCAGCUCAAAAUAAAUAUUUUCCCGUGAAUGUCGCCCCUACAUCGGCAUUGCCUAGCAAGGUGAAAUUGAAGGACAAAGAGGCUUCCGCCUUGGAUGGUGAUGAUGGAAUUUGGAAGGCAAUUGGUGGUAAUGAAGGAAAGCUUAAGAUGUACCUCAGUGGCCCCUCAUGUGUUCCAUCAAUACGGCGUCACGUGCAACAUGGUGGCCAGUCUGCUGAUGCUCGGAGCAAAGUCAAGAUGCUUUGCCGGAAGUUUCAGUUCAUAUGCAGGACUCUUGUUCAAGAUGCGGAACAACAUGCUGUUAAGAGCUCUAGAAUUGAUCUUGCAGCUGAUAAAAUAAUAAGAACACUGCCCGGCUAUACCAAACAUGGGGCUAUUAUGGGUGAAGUCCCUGGUGUUGAAAUUGGCGAUGAAUUUCUGUACAGAGUAGAGUUGGCCCUUGUUGGUCUCCACCGCCCAUACCAAGGAGGCAUUGACACCAUGAAGGAUCACAAUGAUACGCUUAUUGCCAUAAGCAUUGUUGCUUCUGGAGGUUACCCUGAUGAAUUGUCGAGCUCAGGUGAAGUAAUAUACACUGGCUCCGGAGGAAAACCUGCUGGGAAGAAGGAGAAUGAGGAUCAAAAGCUUGUGCGCGGGAACUUGGCCCUAAAGAAUUGUAUCAAAACAAAGACGCCUGUCCGUGUAAUUCACGGUUUUAAAGGUCCAAAUAGAGAGGAAGGCAGCCAUUCAAAGGCCAAAGAAGUCUCAACAUUUACUUAUGACGGUCUCUAUAACGUGGUGGAUUCCUGGCUAGAAGGUCCGCCAGGUUCGAGGGUCUUCAAGUACAGGUUACAAAGGAUUCCUGGACAACCAGAAUUACCUCUGCAUGUUGCUAAAGGGCUGAGAAAGUCUAUAGUGCGUCCAGGCAUCUGCAUAGCUGAUAUAUCGCAAGGAAAGGAGAAGACUCCCAUCUGUGUGAUCAAUAAUAUUGACAAUGCACGUCCAACACCUUUUAAAUAUAUCACUAGAAAUAGAGGUCCAUCCUUGACUGCAAACAGAAGUCAGGGUUGUGACUGCACCGAUGGCUGCUCGGAUUCUGCUAACUGCACUUGUAUUGUGAAGAAUGGAGGAGAAAUCCCAUUCAACUUCAAUGGCGCAGUUGUCCAUGCAAAGCCUCUCAUAUUUGAGUGUGGUCCAUCCUGUAAGUGUCCUCCUUCAUGCCACAACAGGGUCAGUCAGCUUGGUAUGAAAAUACCACUGGAAGUAUUCAGGACAGCGAAGACAGGAUGGGGUGUAAGAUCCUUAAGGUCUAUCCCUGCUGGAAGCUUUAUAUGCGAGUAUGUGGGUGAGCUGUUACAUGGCCAGGAAGCUAACCAGAUAAGUAAUGACGAAUACUUGUUUGAUAUAGGACAGAACUAUGAUAUCUGGAAAGAUAUGCCAUCAGCUAUUCCAGGUUUGAAUCCUUCUGGCGCUCGCUCUCUGACCAUGGAAGAUGAUGAGGGCUUCACAAUAGAUGCAGCUGAGUAUGGAAAUAUUGGAAGGUUCAUCAACCAUAGCUGUUCCCCUAACCUCUACGCUCAGAAUGUUCUCUGGGAUCAUGAUGACAAAAGAGUGCCUCAUAUCAUGUUCUUUGCCGAUGAGAAUAUUUCACCGCUGCAGGAGCUGACUUAUGACUAUAACUACGAGAUAGGUCAUGUCCAUGAUGUGAAUGGCGUUGUCAAAGUUAAAUAUUGCCAUUGUGGUUCUGCACAGUGCCGUGGCAGACUGUAUUGAGGAAUGGAUGACUGCCAGUACUAGGAGUUUUACAUUCUUUUCAUUGGAACCCUGGCAAAUAAUGUGUAGAUAAUGAGAAGUGUUCAUAUGGGUAAAAUGGGUAGUGAUUCGGUUAUUCUGUUGUCCAACUACUACAGAACCUCCAGCGCAUCUUCAGGGAACAAUGUUGUAGGAAAUUGGUGGCCAUAAACU